GAGGGAGCGCGACAGAGCGAGCGGAGGGAGGGAGGGAGCGAGCACAGGAGGCGGCGGCGGCGGCGGAGGAGGAGGCGGAGGAGGAGGAGGCGGAGGAGGAGAGAGAAGAGGACAGAACAGGGCAGGACAGAGGGACGGAGCAGGGCCGGGCCGGACCGGCCACACGGUGGAGCCGCUUGGAGCCCAGUCCUCUGACCGACCGCAUCUUACCAGAGGCUUGACGCUGGGAUUUGUGGAUUUGCGGAUUUGCAUGUGUGUGCUUUUUUUUUAUUUUUGAAGUUUAAAAUUUUCUUUAAAAAAAACAAAACCCCAAAGCCAACAAGUCCAGCUCACCCCUCCCCAGCCGGCCUCCUACCCCUCAUCUAGCCCACGAUGCCCUCCAGUGGUGCCACCACCGUGGACAACAGCAGCUCCAGCCUGGAGAGGGACGAGGACCGCAAGGAGGAAGAAGAGCUGGAGGAGUCGAAGGGCAAGGAGGAGCGACAAGAUUCCAGCACUCCCAUGAGGAAGGUGGGGCGACCUGGCCGGAAGCGGAAGCACCCACUGGUGGAAAACAGCGACACCCCUAAGGAAGUUGCCCCAACUUCAAAGGCCCCCUCCAUGGCUCAGGACACCGGUCCUUCGGAGCUGCUGCCCAAUGGGGAUGUGGAGAAGCCCAGUGAGCCCCAGCCAGAGGAAGGGAGCCCGGCGGGGCGAAAAGGUGGCGCUCGGGCGGAGGGAGAGGCGGAGGCAGAGAGUGCGCCUGAGGCUGCCCGCACCCUGGAGAAUGGCUGCUGUACCCCCAAGGAUGGGCAGGAAGCCCCUGUGGUGGGGGGCAAAGAAGAGAAGGAAGAGACCAACUUUGAUUCUGUGAAAAUGGAGGGCGCUCGGGGCCGGUUACGGGGAGGCCUGGGCUGGGAGUCCAGCCUUCGACAGCGGCCCAUGCAGCGGCUCACCUUCCAGGCCGGCGAUCCCUACUAUAUCAGCAAACGCAAGCGAGAUGAGUGGCUGGCCCGGUGGAAAAGGGAGGCUGAGAAGAAAGCCAAGGUCAUUGCAGUGAUGAAUGUCGUAGAAGAAAACCAGGGGCCUGGGGAGCCACAAAAAGUGGAGGAGGCCAGUCCUCCUACUUUGCAACAACCUACUGAUCCUGCUUCCCCCACUGUGGCCACCACACCUGAGCCAGUGGGGGCUGAUGCUGGGGACAAGAAUACUGCCAAGGCCUCUGAUGAUGAGCCUGAAUAUGAGGAUGGCCGAGGCUUUGGUAUUGGGGAGUUGGUAUGGGGAAAACUUCGAGGCUUCUCCUGGUGGCCUGGCCGAAUUGUAUCCUGGUGGAUGACAGGCAGAAGCCGAGCAGCUGAAGGCACUCGAUGGGUCAUGUGGUUUGGAGAUGGCAAGUUCUCAGUGGUUUGUGUUGAGAAAUUGAUGCCACUGAGCUCCUUCUGCAGCGCCUUCCACCAAGCCACAUAUAACAAGCAGCCUAUGUACCGCAAAGCCAUCUAUGAGGUCCUUCAGGUGGCCAGCAGCCGCGCUGGGAAGCUGUUUCCGGCCUGCCCGGAGAAUGAUGAAAGUGACACAGCCAAGGCAGUGGAGGUGCAGAACAAGCAAAUGAUCGAAUGGGCUCUGGGUGGCUUCCAGCCCUCUGGCCCCAAGGGCCUGGAGCCACCAGAAGAAGAGAGAAAUCCCUACAAAGAAGUUUACACUGAUAUGUGGGCCCCAGUAGAGCCUGAAGCUGCUGCCUAUGCCCCACCUCCACCAGCCAAAAAACCCCGAAAGAGCACAGCAGAGAAGCCCAAGAUCAAAGAGAUCAUUGAUGAACGCACAAGAGAGCGGCUGGUAUAUGAGGUGCGGCAGAAGUGCAGGAAUAUCGAAGACAUCUGCAUCUCCUGUGGGAGUCUCAACGUCACCCUGGAACACCCCCUCUUCAUCGGAGGAAUGUGCCAAAACUGCAAGAACUGCUUCCUGGAGUGUGCCUAUCAGUACGACGAUGACGGCUACCAGUCAUAUUGUACUAUCUGCUGUGGGGGUCGAGAGGUCCUCAUGUGUGGGAACAACAACUGUUGCAGGUGCUUCUGUGUGGAAUGUGUGGACCUGUUGGUGGGACCAGGUGCUGCCCAGGCAGCCAUCAAGGAAGACCCCUGGAACUGCUACAUGUGUGGGCACAAAGGCACCUAUGGGCUGCUGCGGCGGCGAGAUGACUGGCCGUCGCGCCUCCAGAUGUUUUUCGCCAAUAACCAUGACCAAGAGUUUGACCCUCCUAAAGUUUAUCCCCCAGUCCCAGCUGAAAAACGGAAGCCAAUCCGGGUGCUAUCUCUUUUCGAUGGAAUUGCCACAGGACUAUUGGUGCUGAAGGACCUGGGGAUCCAGGUAGACCGCUACAUUGCCUCAGAGGUGUGUGAGGACUCCAUCACUGUGGGCAUGGUGCGGCACCAAGGGAAGAUCAUGUACGUGGGGGACGUCCGCAAUGUCACCCAGAAGCACAUACAGGAAUGGGGCCCUUUUGAUUUGGUGAUUGGAGGCAGUCCCUGCAAUGAUCUUUCUAUUGUCAACCCUGCUCGGAAGGGUCUUUAUGAGGGCACUGGACGGCUCUUCUUUGAGUUCUACCGCCUUCUGCAUGAGGCCCGGCCCAAGGAGGGCGAUGACCGCCCCUUCUUCUGGCUCUUUGAAAACGUGGUGGCCAUGGGGGUCAGUGAUAAGCGGGACAUCUCACGCUUUCUAGAGUCCAACCCUGUGAUGAUUGAUGCCAAAGAAGUGUCAGCAGCGCACAGGGCUCGCUACUUCUGGGGUAACCUUCCCGGUAUGAACAGGCCAUUGGCAUCUACCGUGAAUGACAAGCUGGAGCUUCAGGAAUGUUUGGAGCAUGGCAGGAUAGCCAAGUUCAGCAAAGUGAGGACCAUUACGACUAGGUCAAACUCCAUCAAGCAGGGCAAAGACCAGCAUUUUCCCGUCUUCAUGAAUGAGAAAGAGGACAUCUUGUGGUGCACUGAAAUGGAAAGGGUCUUUGGCUUCCCAGUCCAUUACACGGAUGUCUCCAACAUGAGCCGUUUGGCAAGGCAAAGACUGCUGGGCCGGUCGUGGAGUGUGCCUGUGAUUCGCCACCUCUUUGCCCCCUUGAAGGAAUAUUUUGCCUGUGUGUAAGGGACAUGAGAAUGAACUGGGAUAGUGACAUCUAAUCAAAGCAAAACCACCAAGAACAAGAGGAUGGAGAGAAGUAGCAGCACCCGGAAAAGAAAAAAGGAAUUAAAAACAAAACAAAACACACACACACAAAAAAAACCCACCACAGAUAUGAAAACAUCACCGAGCAAAAGGGUUGGACAUCAUCUCCUGAUUUUUCAAUGUUAAACUUUGAUCCUAUUUAAAAAAAAACCAAGCUUCCCCUCCCCUCUUUAUUAUUAUUAUUAUUAUUAUUAUUUGGGUCAAACCUUUUAGUUUUCCACUCUUUCCAGAGAGGUUUUCUGUUUGUCUCAGUUUUGGCUUCUCGCUGUGACUGAAAUAAGAAGGUUUAUAAUUUUUUUUUUUUAAUGCUGUAAGAGGAGGAGUAGGAAAACAGGGAACUACAGCAAAAAAAGAAAAAAGAUAUUCAACAAAAUAAAAACAGCAACUCUACCAUGCAGAGGAGAGAUUAGAGGGGGGAGGGGGAAAAGGAAAUAUGCUAUAGAAAUCUAUCUUAUAUAUAUAUAUAUAUGUGCGUGUGCGUGCGCGCGUGUGUGUGUGUGUAUGUGUGUGUGUGUGUGUGUAUGUGUAUGUAUUUUGGGUUUGGUUUUUGUUUUUGUUUUUGGCUUGGGCCUGAUCAGAUUAGGAGCACAAGCAGGAACAGAAAACUAGGGAGACCCUUGGGGCAGAUGGUAGUGGUGGUGGGCAGCAGCAGCCGCCCCCACCAAGGUCACCUCCAGCCACUGAGUGGUAUUUUACCAGCACCAUUCCUGGUGAUGCAAAAUGAAACCCAACUAGCAACAGGGAAGAUGAGAACACCCACACAAUACACUUUUAUACAGUAUUUCAGGUGCCUACCACACAGGAAACCUUGAAGAAAAUCAGUUUGUAGAAGCCGCUGUUACCUCUUGUUUACAGUUUAUAUAUAUAUAUAUGAUAGAUACCAGAUAUAUAUCUAUAUAUAAAAAGGUACUGUUACUACUGUACAACCUGACUUCAUAAUGGUGCUUUUCAACAGCGAGAUGAGUAAAAACAUCACCUUCCAUGUUGCCUUAUGUGCAAAGGGUUUUAAUCAAGGAUGGAGAAAAGGGAGAGAUGGUUUUUUUGUUUUUUUUUCCAUUGUUACUUUAUGUUAUUUUAAUUUUUUUAAUGGUGAAGGAAGUGGGGGUUAGGAAAUAAUCCCCCAUGUCCCAUUUCUCCCUGCCAAAAGGGGUGGGGAAAAGCUUGAAGGUUAAAGGGUGUUAAGGACAGUGAGACGCCCUAACAGGAGACAACUUUUCCUGAGUCAUGCAAUAAUUUUUUUUUUUUAAUUUCCCAAAAGGUAAACUCCCUGGGAUAAAUGGCAGGGGUAAAGGAGGACUAGGUUUCCAGUUCCCCUACUUGAGUGAUUCCACUGACUCCAGAGGAUGUCUCAUGGAGGGGCAUGGAAACCAUCCAGAGUUUGGGGAUGUGUACAGCUAAAUUCCCCAUCCUGGAGGAAAUAAAAAAACAUACAAAAAGUACUGGUGCUUUUCUGUCUAAGUCGCCUUUUGUGUGUUCUUUUAUGAGAAGCCACCCUCCCCCCUGGCCUGCUCCCAUCUGCCCCUUCCCUGCACAGGCAGCCCCUGAGCCCAGGGGGAGUGAUGUUUUUGGUCAUCUCCAAACAUAGGCUGCAGUUAUAUGCUGGGAAGCUGAUGACAUGGUUAUUAUAAUUGUUUUUAUGGUUCUAAUUAUAAUUAUGUUUGUUUAAUUUUUUUUUCCUUUGGGGAAGAAAAUAAGCCCAAUACUACCCUCCCUUCUCCCUUUAGGUUUUAGACCAAGGUGCAGGGAGCAGGGUGGGGAAAACAGGGUGCUUUAAACCCCCCCCCCCCAAAUUCAGUGGCUUCAAUGCCCUGGUUCCUAGGAAUCCUGGCUCCCCUUCCCCUCCCUCCCUUCUCAGGCCGAGCCCACAGUCCCCUUUGUGCAGUGAUAUUUUGGCAGCUCAACAGUCCCCGAAAGUCUGCCUUCUGGAGUUCCGUUGCUCCUCUCCUUCUUCAGCUUGCCCUUUGCUCUUCUCAAGUCUAAGGAAUAUCAAGAGUUAGAGGGAGGAAGGACAGGAGCAGUCUCUCUCUUUCCUUUUAAAUGUGAUGUGAAUUGUAUGUGUGGUUCCUCCUCUUCCCCCCCUCUUCCUAGUACUUGGUCUGAUCAUGGCUGCACUCUUUCAUCUUUUUUCUUUUUUUGUUUUUGUUUUUACCUCGAGUCAGCCACACUUUCAAGUCCUGGUUCCAGAGACUUGACCCACUUCCUACUUUGGCAGACAGGGGCCUUGUGGCCCGGCCCGGGCAGUAGGGAGAGGAAACACUCAGUGGCUCUGGGGUAUGAGCCAAUGGGCAGAUGCCUGCCUCGAUAGAUGGGGUGUAGAUAUGUGGCAUAUAGAGAUAUAUAUUUUAUAAUGGGAGGGGGGAUGGAGCCUCCUGGGACCUGCAGAGAUGGGAGGCACACUCUAAAGUUCACGGUCCCAUAUUACCAUCCCCAGAAGGAUAGGACCUCUGGUGAUAGGCACUAUAUAAAUACAUAGAUAGGGACAUAUAUAUGAAAUAUAAUGCAGUUGGGGGAGGGGUCUGGCUAAGCCUCUACCCUUCUCUUUCCCUGCCACUGGCAUAGAUAGCCCCGUACAAAUCAAUCUAUCUCUUACAUACAAACAUACUUCUACACAGUUACAGCUGCACUGUUCUAUACACACAGACAUAACCUUCCCCAAGAUCCAAUACUUCAUGGAGUAGAGCCCCGUACAACCACUUACCUCGACCCUGCUAUCCUCUUGAAUGCAGUUAACCUUUUUGGGGGAGGGCUCUCCAUGCCAUCCAGGAGCUGUUGAGUUCCCAAGGUGCUACAGGUGGUAGGGGAGAGAUUGAAUCAGCUGACAUUUUAGCUAAGAGACACCCCCCCAUCCAAGUGAUAGUCUACACUUUGUCUCUUCAAUGCUUCCCAUCAAGUGUGGGAAGGUCCUGAGCUAGCAAAUCCCUGGAUCUCAACAUCUGAUUCCAAAGUGCAACCCAAGUCAAUCUCAUCCAUCUUUCUUGACUUUCUAUCUUAGCCUAAGGGACUUCUUGGAGGAAAUGGGAAAGGGAGCCUUAGGCCAAUACAGAGCAACUGGGUGGUAGGGGAGAUCCCCCUAGGCAGGCCUUUCAACACCUUGGCCAUUGUCCACUCAUCCAGGAAAUGUCCAAAAAUUCCUGCUCAAAUUGGGGCUGUCUGGCCUUGGAUCCCAAUAGUCUAGACCCAACUUCUGUUUAAAUUGGUAUUUAAUGACUACACUAAGCUACCCAUCCCUUUAAGUCUAGGGGUGGCAUUGUGAUCGGUGCUGGAUUUUUUUCUCCUCUUGGAUCAUGACUGGUUUUCCACUGGAGAUGAGUUUGGUGUUGGGUUUCUUAUACUUUGUGGUGCUCUCCUGUAUUUCCUUUCUGUAUCCAGCUGGGCUCCACUCCCCUACCCUAUCCCACCAUGGUUUGGGAGGCCACCAGCACCACUCUAGGAGUGGCUAGUGGAGGAGGUGGGCUGCUCUUGAGUAGUCCAAGGUGCUCCCUCCCCUAAUAGCCGACACUUGUUUCCAAGGUCUUCCCAGUUCCCCUUGUCUUUUCACUGUUACCCUUUGUGCUAUGCCUAGCUUUAUGCCAGCAGGGCCCUCCCAACUCCUGCUCACUAAUCCUCUGCUCCUCAGCACCAAAGCCUCUUCCUUGCUCUUGAUACAAUAUAGUCUAGUCCGUUUCCCAGACUUGUGCUUAAAAAUGUUGAAUUUUUUUUUUAGUAGUGACCUGGAUGGACUUGGGCUAAGCUCAUAUUAGCCAAGCCUUAUGCCCUUCCCAGUAAUAUUGGUAUUAAGUACCUAAUUAGGGAUGGAGGGCUCUUGGUAGCCCACCAACCAAGCAUGCAAUCCCAUCAUCUUAUGGACUAGGCUUUUAGGUUUGGGGACAGUCUUAACCCCAUAUCUCAACCUGGAGAUUCUUCUAUGAGAAUGGGGUCCUCCCAGAAUGCAUUUUGCCCUGGAGGAGGGUUGAUUUUGGAUCCAUAGUUCCUCCCAGGGAUAGGACCUCACCCUACCUUUUGUUCUAUUUCUGGUGGCCCGGCUAUGCUUUCUAGAUGAGGGCUGUUCAGAAGGGAAGUCUUGGAGAGAGGGGUUGUAACUGUGACUUAUUUGGGGGCAUUGUUUCCAGUGGCUCCUCUUCCUAUGCCAUGAGAGCCAAGAGAGCAGAAAGUUCUAAUGGGGAACAUACCCCUUCUUGGCAGAAGAAAAUUAUGAACUCAGGAACCAUUUGGACCAGUCCAGGAUCUGGCUGGAGAAAGUACUGGGUGAAGUCAUUCUGAGAGCUCUUUGCACAAAGCUACUUCCAGUCAGGUCAGAAAUUGGCCCAAAUGGUUCAUGAGUCCAUAAUUGGCAGAGAAGCAUGAUAGAGGGACUUGUGGGCAGAUAGGUUGAAUGUAUCCAGGUGGACUCCACUUCCCUAUGGUUUGGGAGGCCUUGAAUGUGCUAAUCCUUGUUGUGUUACAAUGAAGGUGUCCAUCAGGCAAUCUUCCAUAAGAAGCCUCUUUCUUCAGGCAUUUAGAGGCUCCUCUGGGUAGUUCUGUCAUGAUUGUGGGUGGUAACAAAAUACCUUAAAAAUAGGAGGAUGAGGUGUGGGGCUCCCCAUAAGACUACCAGAGAAUGUAGGGAGCACUCCUGGCUUUCUUCAUAGAAGAAACUGAGAUGUAAGGGAGCAGUGGUCUGUGGGAACCACAGAAAGGAUGGGACAGGAUUCAACUUGGAACUUGUUCCUACCAGUCCUAUCAUUUCUCUGAUGUCACCUCUGUCAGUGCUAUAGAAAUGAGGGCUUCAGGGGACAGACCACCCACCCUGCCAGUCCCUGGUGGGGCACAGUGCCAAAGAUUGCAGCUGUUGACUGAGGCAAAGAGCAAAUGAGUUUAGUCUCUAUUGGGCAACUGCUGAGUACCCAAAGGGGCUUUACGUUAGCUGGUAUUAAACCCUCAGGUAUGGUCAGGGUGAGCUAGGGAAUAGAUGACCUGUAUGUGGCGGGGAGGAGGUUAGCCAACAGGCAGAUCCAAGGUUCUGGGUCCAGCCCCUCUAAAAGACACAAGAUGGAAUUGGGGUUCUGAGUUGCCACUUCUGAUCUCCUCAUACCUGAAAGCAAAUGCCUUUUUUUUUUUUCAGCUGAACAUCCCAUUGGAAAGCAAAGUUGCUCAUGAGGUGGGCUCCCAAGGAUAGUUUCUGGCACCAAAAGGGCAAGUGGUCAUGUGUGAUUGGCAGAGUCUUGAGACUUGGUGGGCUCGUUAAGUUGGCCCAGGUGUAUGCUGGGUCUUUGUAGAUCCCAAUGGGAAGGAACUGCUUCUUCCCCUCAAGCCUUUAGAGGCAUCUCCUGGAUGGAGCAGCUAGCUCUCAUCUUCUUCUCUCACUUAUCUGGUAGUAAGAAGAUCCCGAGUUUGCUAGUGGGGAGGAACCCUAGAUCGAAAUAUAACCUGGCCAGUCCAGGAACUACAAUUGGGAGCAAAAGAAGGAAACAUUUCAGCUGAGCCAUUUGGGAAUGUUCUUACAGGAAAACUGCAAUCAUUAGUUUUCAUAUCUUAGAUAAGUAGUUAACUAUAUGAGAUUCUAUAUAUAUAUAUAUGUGUAUAUGUAUAAAGUUGAUUUUGGAUGCAGUUUUUAAGAAUUCCUGUCACUGUUAAUGCCUGGUGCUGAGCUUUGUUUGGGGCUGGGGUCUCUCAAGAGCUGUUUUCAGAAGCCUUCCCAGGAACCCCCUGGAGCUAGUAUAGGGUUGGGCCCUGGCCUGCAUUGGGGCAGUGGUACUGAGACAUCUUGGAUAUCAUUUGGAGGGGCGGGAAGCAUUUCCGAGUCUUGAAAACAUUCUGAAAUGAACAGAAUAACACGCGCCAGAGACUUCCACAGACAAAACUGGUGCAGAGAGCAAACCUGCUUUCCCCCAGGACUUUGUCUGGUAGGAUCUCUGUUCCUACCCCAACCUGGUGCUUUGGUCCUGGUGGAUCAGUCUUUUGACCUUGUUGUCUGGUAUCCUCUGGUAUGAGGAAAACAUUAAGCUAAAUGACUAGGUACUGCCCUUGUUUAGCAAAUAAAUGGAGUGUUAGGGACCCCUUGGGUUAUAUAACCAGGCAGGAACCCAAGUCCUUUCUCCAGUACCAAGUAGGACAGAAGGUUAUCAGGGAGGGGGCUUCCCAUUUUCUCAUUCCCUACUGAGGCUGUGGGUUCAUCAGCACCAGUCGGGUGAGAAUUCCACCCAUCCAACUGUUCUAGGUGACCAUGGUGGGUGGGCAACCCCAGGGGUAUCUGGAAGGGGAGAGACAGCUAAAGGAUACAUAGCACAAAGGAUCAACCCCACUGCCCUAAGCACCAGCUCUUAAAUCUUUACAUUUUGGUAAAGGAAGGAUGGGGAUGAAAGGGAAGGGAGAGAGUCUACUCGUUCCCUUGCACCUGUUUUUCAGAAAUGCCAACUAAGGUUGGCCUCUGGUGGCCUCUUGCUUAGCUGUGGCUCCAAAAAGUAGAGUUUUGGGGCAGGGAGGAAUGGGCAGCUCAGAGGCAGUGGGGACAGGGAGGGUCCCAUGACUAGCAUCCGUGAUUUGCCAUGUGUCUCCCCAAUCCUCCCCAAAAAUGGAGGCCAGUAGGAAUGGGCAAUCCCUGUUGACUCCUGUAAUGAAAAACUCACCUCGGAUCAGCCCAACUUGGAAGGGGGUAGCUUUACCUGACAUCAGAUCAAGUGGUCUCCAGCCCCACACCUGGGGAGAUGAACAGGGAAAUUGGAAACAUGUCACAUUUCAUUUUGUAAAGCGAUUUUGUUGAACAUCCCUAGAUGUCAACAAAAUGAGAGCGAAAGAAAUGCCUAAAUUCCUUAAAAGACACAGCGGGAGUAGGUGAAUCAACAAGGUGCUAAAAAAACAAAAAAACAAAAAAAAACAUUUUAUUAAAAAUAUAUAUUGUUAAAUUAAGUCUGCUGUCUGGACAAUGACUGUUUGUUUUGUUUUCUUGUAGUGGAGUUUAAAAGAGACUAUUAUUUUACUCUGAUAUAUUAUUAUUAAAAAGGCAUUUUAACUUUGUACUUGAAAACUAAAUGAGAGAUUUCAUGUGUUUUAGCUGAGGCAUUGAAGUAGCGGGUGCUUACCUAUUUGUGGGAAAUCAUGUAUUCAUACAGAAGAAUAAACUCUGUAGAAGAUUUGGUUUAAAAAACAACAAAACUUACUGUUACAGAGAUUUGGCUUUGGCCCCAAAGGCAGAGCGCUUGAUUCCACAUUCCAUGCAGCUAAAUGCAGGACUUUUGUUUUUCCCAGACUACACCCUCCACCCCCAACUUUGUUUUUCUAAAAGUUCCCUAUUUAAAAAAACCCCAACAAAAAACAAACAAAAAACCCCCCAACUCCUUUUCCCCUUUUUGUUCUGGUUUCAGCAUCCUUCCAUUAUUUUUGUUUUUGUUUUAUUUUCGUUUCAGGUCGCUUCUCUAUUUAUUGACAAUAAAUAGUGUACAUUUCACAGUCUGAUUCUUCGACAUCACAGGGAGAGGGUGAGAGUGAGAGGAUCCCAAGGGUAGGUGGGUGGGUGGUGUUUGGUGGGAGCAGUCCCUGGCCCUCAGCCCUCAGCCCUCCCCUGGUGUUCUGUUGUAUCUCUGUGUAAGUGAUGCUCGUGACAUAGCUGUUUAUGAAAUAAUUAAAGAGGUCAAUGCGUGCAGCAGAUGUAGAGAGUCUGUCGGUUCCGCCUUCAUCCCAUUUUUUGGUGCCCAGAAGAGUAUAAUAAAGAUCCUUUCUAAUGUACUUGUGCUGGAGAACACUUGAAUAAAUGGACUGUUUUUGUGCAAAAAGAAAAACUGAAAAUAA